AUGCUCUUCUUGCCCAGUGAGAUUGCCACAGUGGAAUGUCUGUCUGUCUGUCUGUCUGUCUGUCUGUCUGUCUCUCUCUCUCUCUCUCUCUCUCUCUAUCUAUCUAUCUAUCUAUCUCUAUAUAUAUCUUACUUUCUCUUUAUUCUUCUUCUUUUUCUUCUUUUUCUUCUUUUUUCUCCUUUUUCUUCUUUUUCUUUUUAUUUUCUUCUAGUUCUUCUUCCUCUUCUUUUUUCUUCUUUUUUCUUCUUUUUCUUCUUUUUUCUUCUUUUUCUUCUUUUUCUUUUUUGUCUUCUUCUAACCUUGGCUCAAGCUGUUUGCUUGCAUCUUGAAAUCCCAGCAUAUUUUCCACUUUUCAUUUUACCGACUAACCCCUCACUUAUGGUCAUAUUAUUUGUCUGUUUGGGAAAAGCCAAGAUACUCGCCCGAUGUUUACUAUCAGUUUGCACCAUCAAACCAUAUUCCUAUCUCUCGACUCUCCCUUUCUCUACUCUCUCUCAAUCUUUGUCAUACCCACUCUUUAUAAAUGUUCCUCUCUUUCGCCCACAUUCAUUUCGAAUUUCGUUUCCAAACUCGCUUAAACUAUAUCUCUUUUCUUUUCGUUUCUUUUGCUCGAUUUUUUUUGUUUGUUUUUAUCCGCUUCUAUCACUCCUCUUCCUUUCACUCUAUCUCACUCUCUAUUUGCUAUUAUUUUUUUACUUCUUUUUUUUACUGCUUUUCAUACUGAACCUUCAUUUUGCCUCUCUCCUCAUCCCCCUUCUCAUCAUUCUAUCACUCUCUCAUUUUUAA